GCCCACAAAUCCAGCCAAAAGCUACCCCGAUGACAUCGUUCAAAUCUACGUCUUACAGACAUAAUCUUCGCUCUGGGCUGCCUUCCACAUCCACAUCCUCCUCCUGAUCCCUUUCCCUUCUUUACCCAUUGUCUUUUACCAUCCAAUUUGAAUAUUACAUAGUUCAAUUUCACUCAUUAUGCUCGGAUGGUACCAGGCCAAGCUCGCAGCGCGCCCGCUGCUGACGCAGAGCAUCACCACUGCUGUCCUCUUCGGGACGGGGGACGCUCUAGCCCAACAAGCAGUUGAAAAGGUCGGUGUGGAUAAGCACAACUUUGCGCGAACGGGACGAAUGGCGUUGUACGGUGGUGCUGUGUUCGGUCCUGCUGCCACGACUUGGUUUAAGUUCCUUCAGAACAAGGUUGUCCUUCAGAAUAAGACUGCUCAAGUAGCUGCCCGUGUCGGUCUCGACCAGCUCGCUUUCACCCCUCUCAACUUGGGAUUCUUCUUGACCAGCAUGUCUCUUAUGGAGGGCACCGAUCCGAAGAAGAAGAUUAAUGACACUUACACGAAAGCGCUUACGACCAACUGGAUGGUGUGGCCGUGGGUGCAAAUGGCCAACUUUACUGUCGUGCCUCUUGAACAUCGUGUCUUGGUCGUCAACAUUGUUGCUCUCGGCUGGAAUUGCUAUCUCAGCUAUAUCAACAGCUCUGGCGGCAAAUAG